AUGCUCUCAGAUAUGCCUGAUGUCACAGAAUUGCAUCUUGUACCUGAGGCUCACGUUCCUAUGAUGAAAUUCAAGUUGAAUGGUGUAUCUAUAUAUCUUCUCUAUGCAAAACUUUCACUUUGGGUCAUACCUGAACCUGCUGCAAGUGAUUUUAUUGUAAGGGAUACUGGAAAUUGCAGGCCUAGGUACAUGAGGUGCACCAUUAAUCAGAUUCCUUGCACUUCAGAUCUUUUAAACACAUCUGGCAUGCAAUUGGCUUUAUUGGUUAAGCCAUUAGCUCUUCCACAUCCAUCCGAGGAGCCUAUCCAAAUAGUGGAUUUUCGUGAAGGUGGACCUGUUUGUUGUUCUUGUUGCAAAGGCUAUAUAAAGCUUUUGACUUUAGGAGCAUCAACUGUCAUGAUGGGGAGCUUUUUUAGCAAGAACUACUGA